AUGGAAGACUUGAAUGAGGGAAAUAGAGGCGCAGACGGUUCAAGGACUGAGGGCUCCAGUCAAGAGGAGAGUGAGCAGCGGUCGAGCCUCGUGGUGAGCAUGGAGGUAGAGGAAGAAGGUAGCCACGAGCUCCCAUCCAUCGAAAGUGAUUCAUUUUUAAAGAGUGAGCUAUUCAGGAUCAUAGCUAAUCAAGACAAGGCAAUAGCCAUACUUCGAAGGGAGUUAGAAGGAGGAAGGAGUGGCGAUACGAGGGACUAUAGCCCCUCAAUGAGAAAACGAGAUAGGGUGAUAGACGAUUCAGAAUCCAGCCAGUACGAGCACCCGUACUAUGAGGAGCCAAGCGGGGAAAUGACACCGCCUAGGCGUCCGAAUGUAUGGAGGGCGCAUGCCGAGCUCGCCGUGUCAGGACUAGGGGAGCACAACCUAUGGGCGCCUCGACGUCAGAUCAGGAGCUUUGGGGUCCGACAACCCCUAGCGCAAAGUGUUCUAAUGGAGCCAUCCGGGACUACCCUCCCACCAUUGUCAAGCUACGACGAGGUCACCGACCCGGAAGAUCAUCUGAACAGCUAA